UUUUCUUUUUUUGAUUGCUGAAACCCUGUUCAUCAUCCGGAAGACGUUUGCUCGGAGAGGAAAACGAUCAACGGAGGAGUUCGGUCCACACGCACCCUUCCAGGAUCUGCGCCGGAAUCGAGCGCCCUCCGUUGGAUCUCAGCAGACCACAGCAUAGAGGAUAGCAGAUGCUACCACAGUGUCAUAGAAGGUCCUUAGAGUCCUGUCCACCCAAAAGGAUCUUAGCCGCCUUAACAGGAUUGUGUGCGCCUACUAGACAUGAAGAAUCUCCUUUCCAUCAGUAUGGAUGGGCCAAAUAUAAACUGGAAAUUUCUUAAUUUCCAAAACCCUGGUUCCCUGUUCGUUCCCCUUUGACACCCUACCAACAAUGGCGGUGUCAUCUGAAAACUUCUGGAGGUGGCAAGUGUGGACUGGAUCGUGUUGAAGGCAUGACUCUCACAGUGCUCCUGGCAAUCUCCAGGAGCAGAACUGGAUGCACCUGCAGAAAGCAGACCAAGCAUGCCACUGGGAAUAAGACAUGGAUAGAUAAGAUAACACUGGGAUUACUGGGAAAGUGCCAGUGAGGGCAGCCUUUUAGGGAGCAGGACAAAGAAAGCACAGGACUGACACGGGGGGACUGUGUUGGCAAAGAUGAGAGGAAGUGAUGUGCAGCACUGAAGCCUGGACAGGAAGAGCAGCAGGUGGUGUGUGACUGCGGGGGCGUCUGUGCUGCGUUUGGAUACCCAAACCGUCCAGGCGCGGCUCCAGUUUUAGCCAAUAAAACCAGUAAACUUAAUAUUUUCUGACAUCAUGUGGUGCAGUUCGAUUUCGGUUCCCUCAGAAUGCACACCUCAUAUCCUCAGGUUUUCCCACUGACCUGCUCUUCCAUUUCCGUUCACAUAACAUUUAUUUCUACGUUUGUUUGUGCCGCAGCUCUGUUCAUUAUCAGAAGGGCAGUUCCAGCCCCAGAGUAAUGUAAUGCUCAGCAUGGAUAAUGGUUAAGUGUCGUGGGAGGGCCCCGCCUUCAGCUACAGCCUUUUCAGGGGGGUGUGUUUUUAAAUCAUUUUCAAAGCUUGGUUAAUGGUUUUGAUGGGGUGACAAGAUCACAGACACAAUGGGAAACUACACAAUCUAUUUUGGUGCACAAGACUAAAGCAACUGACAAUUGUGCCAAAUGGUGACAAUUCUACAAAAUCAUUUGCAUAUGCGCAUUAAAACAUUUGGAGAUUUGUGUGAAGCGAUGAGAAAUGAUGUUCUGCUGUGCAGAAGUGCCAUUAUGGUGCGGGAAUUAUACUUUUUUUUACGGAUGUUAAUUGUCAUUUGAGAAAUGCGCAAAGGCAGCCGAGACAAAAUGUUUUGAGUGAGUUACAGGUUUUUGCAGCUAAACGACAGUGUUGAUCUAUAUGCAUGAACUGUUUGGAGAAGUGCACUUUUAGAGAAUGUUAAGUAUGUGUCAUGAAAUGUGGCAAAGCAAUCAAACUAACUGCCAUCUAUUUUCUCUUUUCGGUACUUAUCUCUUCAUCUGAAAUUAUCUCAUUAUUUCACACGCUGGCCACACGCUUUAGUGCUGUUAUCUGCCGUUCAACAAUAACCACAAACCAUUUUGGAUUCUGCUUUUUUGGGAGGUGAGAGCAGCAAAUGAUGGUGAGAGACGGCGAGAAAGAGGCCAAGCAAAGGGAGAGAAACUGCAAAGCCGCUGCCGUUUGCAGACGUGUUAAUGCCUGACACACUGCAGCACAGCGGACAGAAUCAUUACCUGUCAUUCUGAGCAGCACUAACCGGCCUGACAGAGAAGCGGCUCACUGGCUCAUGCAUAAAGCAGCCGAUUCAGACAGAAAGCUCUGAGCUGCUAUCAGCUAAAGGCUGUCAGCCUGGAGCCAUUAGCCUGUCCCAGGAUGCACAGGGCACAGCCUCAGGGUCACCAGCCUAUCGGAGGACAUUUGCGCACAGUCUCGGGGUCAGCAGCCUAUCGGAGGACAUUUGCGCAGUCUCGGGGUCAGCAGCCUAUCGGAGGACAUUUGCGCACAGCCAAACACUACAGACAGUUGAGAGACACAAAAACACCAGACUGACUGUGUAGCUUUCGGUUAUGGGAGGAGACUCACACAGCAGAGGGAGAGCAUGCAAACUCCACACAUGCAGAACGGAGGUGGGAUUCGAACACACAACCCCGCGAGUGCCUGGCGCGAACUGUGGUUAUGUUCAGUCCUUUUAAGGACUCACUGUAAAAGAGCUUCCUGUUUCAGCUAAGCUGCCUCGCCUCGUUACUGCCGCCGCGAUCCCUGGGUCUGCUAAGCGCUACAGUUAUAAGGUCAUGCUAACAUUAAGGUUGGCUAGAUCACUCAAGAUGGUUCCUACCGUAAUGCAUGCAUAGGCUACAUGGUUAAAUAAGCAAAUUCCCAGUAUUUGAAGAAUACAGAUUUUUGCACAUAUCUGCAAGCGACAGGCGAGUGUGAUCUCACACUUUUUUUCUUUUCUCUGCCCCCGGCUCAUGUAGCCUUUUUGGGGCCAUUUCCGAAAUUCUUGUCAGGGGCAAACAAACAACCCACAAAGGGACUGGGGGCUUCAUAUUAGGGGUCCAAGCACAUUGUGCUGGAACCCCAUUGGUUUUCAUUUUAUUAUUUCAAAUCAUUGUUUAUAUCUUGUACGAUGAUUUACUGGUGUCUACUGCUCCAUCUCAGAUUUAAGUAAUUCAUAUCUAUGAGUAUUAUAAUGAUCAUUAGGCUGUUACUGUGCCCCCCCCCCUCGACAUUUGGUGCCCAACACACAGCCUGUGAUGUGUUUGUAUGUAGCAGCGACGCUGGAUUAAUACAUUGAUAGUUUAUAUUACAUUUUAGCCAGCAGUGCUAAUGAUGUCCAUCAACAAUGAGCUCAUUGAGGGAGGGGCACUUCCUCUUUAGCGUAUAAACCAACAUCCUCUCAGGCCAGGAGACAAACACAAACCGGCUCGCUGAGAGCCAGAUGCCUGCAGAUAAAAUGCAGUGGAUGGAGUUUAUCACUGUGGGGCUGCUGCUCUGUACUGGGGGUCCUGCUGCAGGUGCCGGUGGGGAAUCCCUUGCUUUAUACGUCACAGAGGGAGAUGACAUCACUCUACCGUGUAAAAAUGUACAUUAUCCUGACUGCUCCUCAACUACGUGGCUCUAUGCUGAGAGGUCAAACAUACCUGCUGUUGAACUGGUCGCUCAUGGGAAGAUCAAAGAGUCACAGAAACACAGGAGACUAAAUGUGCCGGCUAACUGCUCUCUACACAUUAAUAAUGUCAGCGCUGAACACGCUGGGUCGUAUACAUGUCAGCAGUUUAUCAAUGGACAGAAAUACGGAAAUGAUACUGCUGUGUUCCUGUCUGUUCUUACCGUGAGAAAGUCGCAGUCCGGCGGCACCGUGACCCUGCAGUGUCUCCUGUACACCUCUCAUGAUGGACAGUGUCCCCCAUUUCACACUGUGACUCUGCGGUGGGUUAGUGACACAGACCCCCCGGGGCAGAUAGAUCCCAGCUCCCAGACACACACAAACCCCUGUAUCUCCACUCUGUCGAUUGACCAUCGGAGGACAGAGAAGGACCAGAGGAAAUGGCGAUGCCAGCUGCUGGAUACGGGGAAGGUGAAGCUGACAUCCAGCCCUGAACAGGGUCGUGGUAAAACUACAGGAAACAAACACAGACCUACAGUGAAAACACCCACAGCCAUUUCUGUGACUGUUUGUCUUUCUCCUACAAAAACUCAACUGACAGACAGUCCUGAAGACAACAAUGACUAUAAGGGAACUACACUGAAGACACCAACUCACACUGGUUCCCAUACUAACCAUACAAAUCACACAACUGUAGAUGUACCAAUUACUGGAGCAGGAUUCCUGCCAGGUAUCGGGGCUGCAGCUGCUGUGUGUCUGGCUGCUGUCGUCAUGGUGACGUACAGGAGGAGAGCAGAUGGUUCUUCACCUCCCCGCAUGUCAGAGAAUGACAUGGCAUCCAAUCCGAACACGACAGAGGACGAAGUCACCUAUUCCAUGGUCAAUCAUCUGGGACCGAAAAAGAGAGAGCGAGCAAAUCCUGACGACUUUACAGAAUAUGCCACCGUCAGAAUUGGGGCCUAAUCCCCUCAGAAUCAGAACCUUUACCUGAAAUAUGUACAAAUAUACACACUGUUAAUAGCCGCUAUCAUCACCAGUGCAAAUAUACACACUGUCAAUAGCCUCUAUCAUCACCAGUGCAAAUAUACACACUGUUAAUAGCCGCUAUCAUCACCAGUGCAAAUAUACACUGCUUUAUUAGGUUAUUGCCUUUCUGACACUCAGCACUGGAGCAAAACCCAUACAAUCUUGCUCUUGCCACUGGACAUUCACUGGAAGCCUAGUUGCACUUAUGUCCAGUUGGCUCCUUUACAGCUGUAUGCUUGUGCAGGGCCGGUCAGUCCUACAGGCAACAUAGGCGCCCGCUUAGGGGGACAACUCCUGAAGGGGUGUCAGCUUCCUCGGCGGUUUCACUUUGCCUCGGAUGGGGGGCGCCGGCAGCUCGCCUAGGGCACCACACGACCUGGGACCGGUACUGCGCUUGUGAUUUACUCUCUGCCUCGCCUCACUGGCUGGGACCGGUACUGCGCUUGUGAUUUACUCUCUGCCUCGCCUCACUGGCUGGGACCUGUACUGCGCUUGUGAUUUACUCUCUGCCUCGCCUCACUGGCUGGGACCUGUACUGCGCUUGUGAUUUACUCUCUGCCUCGCCGCACGGGCUGGGACCUGUACUGCGCUUGUGAUUUACUCUCUGCCUCGCCGCACGGGCUGGGACCUGUACUGCGCUUGUGAUUUACUCUCUGCCUCGCCGCACGGGCUGGGACCUAUACUACGCUUGUGAUUUACUCUCUGCCUCGCCGCACGGGCUGGGACCUGUACUGCGCUUGUGAUUUACUCUCUGCCUCGCCGCACGGGCUGGGACCUGUACUGCGCUUGUGAUUUACUCUCUGCCUCGCCUCACUGGCUGGGACCUGUACUGCGCUUGUGAUUUACUCUCUGCCUCGCCUCACUGGCUGGGACCUAUACUACGCUUGUGAUUUACUCUCUGCCUCGCCGCACGGGCUGGGACCUGUACUGCGCUUGUGAUUUACUCUCUGCCUCGCCGCACGGGCUGGGACC